AAUCAUUUUGCAAGGAGCGCUGAGCCGGGCUGCUCCACUGUACUUUGUUGGCUGAGAAGUUGAGCAGGGGUGGGGGUGGGAGGGUGGGGGGCUGGGGGGGGUCGCGUCCGAAAGCCCUCACACCGGUCCGGGUGCCACCUCUCCCUGCUUGGGCGCCGCCGCGCGAGCGCUUCCCUUCCCCCUGCGAGCGCCCGGAUAAUGUCUGAGAAUGUCCAUUUCUGGGACGCUUAGCAGCUAUUAUGUCGACUCGAUCAUAAGUCACGACAGUGAGGACGCGCCUCCGGCCAAGUUUCCUUCCGGCCAGUACGCGAGCCCCCGGCAGCCGGGCCACGCCGAGCACCUGGAGUUCCCCUCGUGCAGCUUCCAGCCCAAAGCGCCGGUGUUCGGCGCCUCCUGGGCGCCGCUGAGCCCGCACGCGUCCGGAAGCCUGCCGUCCGUCUACCACCCCUACCUCCAGCCCCAGGGCGUCCCGCCGGCCGAGAGCAGGUACCUCCGCACCUGGCUGGAGCCGGCGCAGCGCGGCGAAGCUGCCCCGGGGCAGGGCCAGGCGGCGGUGAAGGCGGAGCCGCUGCUGGGCGCGCCUGGGGAGCUGCUCAAGCAGGGCACGCCCGAGUACAGUUUGGAAACUUCGGCGGGCAGGGAGGCCGUCCUGUCUAAUCAAAGACCCGGCUACGGGGACAAUAAAAUUUGCGAAGGAAGCGAGGACAAAGAGAGGCCGGAUCAAACCAACCCCUCUGCCAACUGGCUGCACGCUCGCUCUUCCAGGAAAAAGCGCUGUCCCUACACCAAAUACCAGACGCUGGAGCUAGAGAAGGAGUUUCUGUUCAAUAUGUACCUCACCAGGGACCGUAGGCACGAAGUGGCCAGACUCCUCAAUCUGAGUGAGAGACAAGUCAAAAUCUGGUUUCAGAACCGACGGAUGAAAAUGAAGAAAAUGAAUAAGGAACAGGGCAAAGAGUAAAGAUGGCCCCCAGCCCUCCCCAGCCCUCCCCAUCUCACUUUUAUUUAUGUGAUGGCUCCAAAGCCACUGCUGUCUGGGGUGUAUUCAAGUGGAUGGGGAAGGGAAGUCUUUCUCUUCAAACUCCUUUAUCUGCACCUAGAAUCUCUCUCCUUUCCUUUGCCCUUACCUGUCCCUCGCUUCUCCCUGGGCCGCAGGAGAAAGUUUUCUUGAUUUAGAAGGUAGAAGUAGUUGGUUCUUAAGAAGGUGAUGGGCCACAGGGAAGGAGAGGCCCUAGUCAUGCUCCUAGCAUCCCCUGUAAUUAUGGGAGGGAAGCCCCAAGCCCCUCACUUCAAGCCUGCCUGUUCCCUCUCUCCACCUAUCCAAAAGUCACCCUGGGACACCCCAACUGCACACAGCCCAGCAGAUGCCCACAUACAUACAGCCUGGAGUCCGUAGUACUAAUGGGGAAAGCUCACAGCCACCAUGUAGUCAAAUGAAGUGACACCCUAAAUGCAGACCGUUGCACACCAAAGUGGGCAGAACAGUCCUCAGACGAUCCGGCGAGCCCGGAUUCUGCUCUUGUCUACAGACAGAGUACUCAGUGAGGCGCUGCAGCCCAGAGGUCCCAGCAUCACAAUACCAUCCCCAUGGAAUCGCCAACUACACCCUGAGGCAGGGGCCCAGGGGCAGAUGGGGUAAACGCAGUCCCCAAGCUGGUGGACUACAAAGGGCAAGAAAAGGCAGCAAGUGACUUUAUGAAGCUCUCUUAGGUGGAGCUCCCCCAGGCCCCCCCCCCAUUUUGUUGCAGGAAAUGUUUAAGUCUGCAUGAUGUUCUCUCCUUCCAACAAAAGGAGGUCAAACUGUGGGUCGUAAAGCCUUGACAAUGUCCUCCUCCUGUUUCUCUGUGCCCCACUUGACAGAGACUGUAGCUUCUGCUCUCCACCAGCCCUGCUUUCUUCCGCGUCCUCCGCAGCUCUGAAAUUAACUCUGUUCGGCCAAAUCCACCUUGCACCAGCGAGUCAAGCCGCGCCUUGUAGAAACCCCCCCACCCCACCUCCCCCCACGCCCAGGUCAACCCCACUGUAGACAGGAAGGCCAGUUCAGCACAGUCCUAUGGAGAAUUUACUGUGAAUCGAUUCCCAAGCCUUUCUGGGGUAAAUUGUCGGAGACAGGAAGGAACAACGGCCCCAGAGCGCAGAGCUCGGCGCGUUCCUCCCGAUCCUGCCCGCUUCGCGACCCACGCGGAAGAGCCCCGGGCUCGGCCGUCGCGUGCCCCAGCGCCAAAGGAGACCGGCCCCAGGGCUGGGCUUUGCCUCCCGCGACACGGGUCUGGAUGGCGAUCUGCGUGGCCGGUGCGUGCGCACGCUGCUGGGAACAGUCCCGCGUGCAAAGGAAAGAGGCAAAAUCGCACCUAAGCAUCCGGCAGAAGCUUGCUCUCUGCUUCCCUUCCUCCUGCUGCUCCCCCGCCUCUCAGUCCCCUCUAAUUCCGUGGACUCUUGCUCCUGCGUCUCCUGACUCUGCAAGGGGACAUUCCAGUAGAACUUUUUUGCUUUGUCGGUGGCUGUCGUGAAAUUGUGCUUGUGUCUGUGAUUUUUUUGAGAGUGAUUGUCUCGCCUGUUUUCAGUUGUCACUUAUAUGGGAGGGUUGUGGGUGGGAGUGGGGAGGAAAAGGGGCCUAGAGCUCUAAUUGUUUGUUUUGGAAGGAAAAAGAAAAAAAACAAAACAAAAAAAUCCCCCCAAAUAUAUAUCACUCUAGAAAAUA